AAAACCAAGGGCCCAAACGUCGGAAAGAAUCGCAUUCCCCUCUUUCGCUGCUCGCAACCUUCUCCCGUAUCAUCCAAGUCUCCUGCUCUGCCCUCAGCCCUCAGCCCGGCAUUGCAUCCAUAAGGAAUUUCAAGCCUCGAAUCCACGCCUGACGCACACACGGCCACUACCAUGUCCUCCACCGCGCCAGCAAAGGGGAGCGAAGGCCUCUCGGCCAACGACAACAUUCGCCGUUUUGCUGCCCCCAGCCGGCCUUUGUCCCCUACAGCCGCUCACACACUCUUCCAUCCCAAGACACGAUGCUUCGUCUAUGGACUGCAGCCCCGUGCUGUCCAGGGCAUGCUCGACUUCGACUUCAUCUGCAAGCGAAAGACGCCCUCGGUCGCCGGUAUCAUCUACACAUUCGGCGGUCAGUUCGUGAGCAAAAUGUACUGGGGAACUAGCGAGACCCUGCUUCCCGUCUACCAAACUGUAGAGAAGGCCGUGGGCAAGCACAACGAUGUUGACACUGUCGUCAACUUCGCCUCGUCGCGCUCCGUCUACCAAUCCACCAUGGAAUUGAUGGAGUUCCCUCAGAUCAAGUGCAUUGCCAUUAUUGCUGAGGGUGUACCCGAGCGACGUGCUCGUGAGAUCCUCCACGUUGCCCAGAAGAAGGGCAUCACCAUCAUCGGUCCCGCUACCGUCGGUGGCAUCAAGCCCGGCGCGUUCAAGAUCGGCAACACCGGUGGUAUGAUGGACAACAUUGUCGCCUCCAAACUCUACCGCCCCGGUUCCAUCUCCUACGUCUCAAAGUCCGGUGGUAUGUCCAACGAACUGAAUAACAUCAUCGCAAACACUACCGAUGGCGUGCUCGAGGGUGUUGCCAUUGGUGGUGACAGGUAUCCCGGUACCACUUUCAUCGACCACGUUCUCCGCUAUCAAUCCGAUCCCGACUGCAAGAUCAUUGUACUGCUCGGUGAGGUUGGUGGUGUUGAGGAGUACCGUGUCAUCGAGGCUGUAAAAUCUGGCCAGGUCACCAAGCCCAUUGUUGCCUGGGCUAUUGGUACCGUUGCUGGUAUGUUGAAAACCGAAGUGCAAUUUGGGCACGCAGGUUCCUUCGCCAACUCUCAGCUCGAGACUGCGGCAACCAAGAACAAGACCAUGAGGGAAGCUGGCAUUUACGUUCCAGAGACCUUCGAGGAGAUGCCUGAGACUCUUGCUCAGGUCUACCAGAAGCUGGUCAAGGAUGGCACCAUCAAGCCCAAGCCCGAGCCUGUUGUUCCCAAGAUUCCUAUUGACUACUCAUGGGCACAAGAGCUUGGUCUCAUCCGAAAGCCUGCUGCUUUCAUCUCCACUAUUUCCGACGACCGUGGACAGGAGCUUCUCUACGCUGGUAUGCCCAUCUCCGAUGUCUUCAGAGAGGAGAUCGGAAUCGGUGGUGUCAUGUCAUUGCUCUGGUUCCGUCGCCGUCUGCCCAACUAUGCUAGCCGCUUCCUUGAGAUGGUUCUCAUGUUGACUGCCGAUCACGGUCCAGCUGUGUCUGGUGCUAUGAACACCAUCAUCACCACCCGUGCCGGCAAGGAUCUUAUCAGUGCUUUGGUCUCUGGUCUUUUGACCAUUGGUUCGCGCUUCGGCGGUGCGCUCGACGGUGCCGCUGAAGAGUUCAGCAAGGCGUUCGACAAGGGUCUUAGCCCUCGUGACUUUGUUGACACCAUGAGGAAGGAGAACAAGCUGAUCCCUGGCAUUGGCCACAGGAUCAAGUCCCGCAACAACCCCGAUCUCCGUGUUGAGCUUGUCAAGGAAUACGUCAAGAAGAACUUCCCCAGCACCAAGCUCCUCGACUAUGCGCUCGCUGUCGAGUCUGUGACCACAUCCAAGAAGGACAACCUGAUUCUUAACGUUGACGGUUGCAUUGCCGUCUGCUUCGUUGAUCUCGUUCGCAACGGUGGUGCCUUUUCCAACGAGGAGGCUGAAGACUACCUCAAGAUGGGUGUCCUCAACGGUCUCUUCGUUCUCGGCCGAAGUAUCGGUUUGAUUGCCCAUUUCCUCGACCAGAAGAGGCUGCGAACUGGUCUUUACAGGCAUCCUUGGGAUGACAUCACCUACCUCCUGCCCUCGCUGGCUGGUGGUGCGCCUGGCUCCGAGGGCCGUGUUGAGGUCAGUUUGUAGAGCUAUAGUUGGAGGAAUGGCAAGGGUAUAUAUCCUGUCCUAGUCGCUUGACGGUGGACAUAAACAGGCGUUUUGUGCGUGGUAGACAAAGGUCUUCCACUGCCGCUUAGGGCCAUUGUAGUAACACCCGCCCGCCGUUAGCGGAGAUAGAUUAUUUAAUGUCAAACGAACAAACAG